UACUCUUUUGAUACGACAUUACAGUCUAUUAGUAGAUAAUAAUGAGAAGUCUAUUGUUUGCUCUGUUUUUUGCUGUCACUAUCUAUUCGACAGAAUGCUCGCCCCUGAAGGGACAGGUGUCGGACAUACCGGACAUCAUAAAGACCGCUGAGAUGCUGAUCGAGAGGGCCGGACAGUUAGUCGACGAACUCAAGGCUAAGGGCAGGGCUACUGAGGCUAAGGCGUUGGCACUGCUAGAGGACGCUGCCAUCGACGCCCUUCAGAAGGUGAAGGACUACCACCCGAUAACUGAGCUUGAUAAGUUGGUACAAAAGGGACUGGUAGACACUCUUAAGUUUGCCGAGGAUAAACUGGAUAAGUUUAUUCAGGACCUCGAGAAACCCCCGGUGCUCAAUGGUAUGGCCACGUUGUCCAAAGAGGAACUCCUACUGAAAUUGGCGGAACUCCUACUCAACUCCAAGACUGUUCAGGACUUUUUGAAAAAGGAAGGCAAACCAUUGUUGGCCAAGGGGCUCGAGGCACUGGACGUCGUUCUCCACGACCUGGACACCAAGGUCCACAAUGCCAACCCCAAGACCGAAGUGGGAAAGUUAGCUCUGAAAGGGUUGGAGGAACUCAUAGCUAAAGCCGAGAAGGACUUGGAGGCAGAGAUCAAGAAGAUCGAGGACGAGAUACACAAAGUCCCGCCAAUGGCUAACACCGGGGACAUCGCCGACAUCCUCAAGACCGGGGAGAUGUUGAUCGAGAGGGCCAAGCAGUUGGUCGCUGAGCUCGAGGCUAAGGGUAGGGGUCUGGAGGCUAAGGGGUUGGCACUGCUAGAGGACGCCGCCAUAGACGCCCUUCAAAAGGUCAAGGAGUAUGAGCCCAAAACUGCCAUUGGUAAAAUUAUCCAGGAACAUUUGGUUAACGAUUUAAAGUGGGCUGAAAAUAAGCUAGAUGCACUUAUUCAGAAAUUAUCGCAGUAA